AAGAUUGCCGAUGAAGUUGGGGAGAGGACAGAAGAAGAACAAGGGAAUAGUACUAUUGGCGACGCCUAUGUUAACUUUAAAGAUUUCCAGAAAGCCAUAGAGUACCAUAAACGACACCUCAAAAUUUCCAAAGAAGUGGGAGACAAGGCAGGAGAAGGAAAAGCGUACUGUAAUCUUGGCAACGCCUAUGACAGUAUUGGAGAUAUCCAGAAAGCCAUAGAGUACCAUAAACGACACCUCAGAAUUUCCAAAGAAGUGGGAGACAAGGCAGGAGAAGGAAAAGCGUACUGUAAUCUUGGCAACGCCUAUGACAGUAUUGGAGAUUUCCAGAAAGCCAUAGAGUACCAUGAACGAGACCUCAAAAUUUCUAAAGAAGUGGGAAACAGGGCAGGAGAAGGAGUAGCGUACUGUAAUCUUGGCAACGCCUAUCACAGUCUUGGAGAUUUCCAGAAAGCCCUAGAGUAUCAUGAACGAGACCUCAAAAUUUCCAAAGAAGUGGGAGACAGGGCAGGAGAAGGAAAAGCAUACGGGAAUCUUGGCAACGCCUAUUACAGUCUCGGAGAUUUUCAGAAAGCGAUAGAGUACCAUGAACGACACCUCAAAAUUGACAAAGAAGCGGGAAACAGGCCAGGAGAAGGAAGAGCGUACUGUAAUCUUGGCAGCGCCUAUUACAGUCUUGGAGAUAUCCAGAAAGCCAUAGAGUACCAUAAACGACACCUCAGAAUUUCCAAAGAAGUAGGAGACAAGGCAGGAGAAGGAAAAGCGUACUGUAAUCUUGGCAACGCCUAUGACAGUAUUGGAGAUUUCCAGAAAGCCAGAGAGUGCCAUGAACGAGACCUCAAAAUUUCCAAAGAAGUGGGAAACAGGGCAGGAGAAGGAGCAGCGUACUGUAAUCUUGGCAACGCCUAUCACAGUCUUGGAGAUUUCCAGAAAGCCAUAGAGUACCAUGAACGAGACCUCAAAGUUUCCAAAGAAGUGGGAGACAGGGCAGGAGAAGGAAAAGCAUACGGGAAUCUUGGCAACGCCUAUUACAGUCUUGGCUAUUUUCAGAAAGCGAUAGAGUACCAUGAACGAGACCUCAAAAUUUCCAAAGAAUUGGCAGACAGGGAAGGAGAAGGAAAAGCGUACUGUAAUCUUGGCUGCGCAUAUAACAGUCUUGGAUAUUUCCAGAAAGCCAUAGAGUACCAUGAACAAGGCCUCAAAAUUUCCAAAGAAGUGGGAGACAGGGCAGGAGAAGGAAAAGCGUACGGUAAUCUUGGCAACGCCUAUCACAGUCUUGGAUAUUCCCAGAAAGCCAUAGAGUACCAUACACGACGCCUCAAAAUUUCAAAAGAAGUGCGAGACAGGGUAGGAGAAGGAAGAGCGUACGGUAAUCUUGGCAACGCAUAUGACAGUCUCGGAGAUUUUCGGAAAGCCAUAGAGUACCAUGAACGACACCUCAAAAUUUCAAAAGAAGUGGGAGACAGGGCAGGAGAAGGAGCAGCGUACUGUAAUCUUGGCAACGCCUAUGAAAUUCUUGGAGAUUUUCAGAAAGCCAUAGAGUACAAUGAACGAGACCUCAAAAUUUCCAAAGAAGUGGGAGACAGGGCAGGAGAAGGAAGAGCGUACGGUAAUCUUGGCAACGCCUAUUACAGUCUCGGAGAUUUUCAGAAAGCCAUAGAGUACAAUGAACGAGACCUCAAAAUUUCCAAAGAAGCGGGAAACAGGGCAGGAGAAGGAAAAGCGUACGGUAAUCUUGGCAACGCCUAUUACAGUCUCGGAGAUUUUCAGAAAGCCAUAGAGUACCAUAAACGACACCUCAAAAUUGACAAAGAAGCGGGAAACAGGGCAGGAGAAGGAAGAGCGUACUCUAGUCUCGGCAUCGCCUAUAACAGUCUUGGAGAUUCCCAGAAAGCCAUAGAGUACCAUGAACGACACCUUAAAAUUUCGAAGGAAGUAGGAGGCAGGGUAGGAGAAGGAAGAGCGUACGGCAAUCUUGGCAACGCUUUUCACAGUCUUGGAGAUUUCCAGAAAGCCAUAGAGUACCAUGAACGACACCUGAAAAUUUCCAAAGAAGUGGGAGAGAGGGCAGGAGAAGGAAAAGCGUACGGUAAUCUUGGCAUCGCCUAUUACCGAAUUGGAGAUUUCCAGAAAGCCAUAGAGUGCCUUGACCUUAACCUCAAAAUUUCCAAAGAAGUGGGAGAAAGGGCAGGAGAGGGAAAAGGGUACUGGAAUCUUGGCAACGCCUAUCAGUGUUUAGGAGAUUUCCAGACAGCCGUUCACUGUUAUAAAAACAGUGUCAUUACUUUCGACCACAUCAGGGGAAAUCUCAUAUCUAAUGACGAAUGGAAGAUUAGUCUUGGGAGUACGUAUGAUGAUGUUAUUUUGAGGCUAUGGGGGCUGCAGUUUAAGCAAGGUAAAGUCGUCGAGGCACUUUUAAUUGCUGAUCAUGGACGUGCCCAAGCUUUGAAUGAUCUUCUGGAGUUCAAGUAUGGGUUUAAAGGGUUGUCUCGAGAAAUAGGAACAUUCUCGGCAACAACACCUGACAUUCUUAAUUACCUACCAUCAAAUACAGCUUUUAUAGCUAUCAACGAGGGAGGAAUAGUUCUCUGGGUGAACGAGAAAGGAAACGAAAUCAAAACUAGAAGAACUCAGAUCGAUAUCUCCGUCACAACCAAUUUACAGUCUCUAUUGGAGACUGCACGUGAAGAAAUAGGUGUGAGAGCUGAUGUUAACUGUGAAGAUCGCUCAUUAAGGAACCCAAACGAUAACAAGUCAGCAGAAAAAAGAUCCAUUAAGCCAAGGUCUCAUUCCUCAUCUUUUGGGACAAAGUCAUUACAAACAUUUUACAAAGUUGUUAUGGACCCUAUAAGAGACUUACUCCACGGCGAUGAGGUUGUGAUUGUUCCACAAGGACCUCUUUGUUUGGCCCCUUAUGCUGCUUUCAUUAACUUGGAAUCAAAGUACCUCUGCGAAACUUUCAGAAUUCGUCUUCUUCCCUCACUUUCUAGUCUGCGAUUAAUCCAAAAUUGUCCAGCAGAUUGGCACAGCAAGACUGGCGCUCUUCUCGUCGGUGAUCCGUGGGUACAGGAGGUAACGACGCUAGAGCAGUUAGCGUGGGCCGAAAAGGAAGUGCAGAUGAUUGGGGAAAUACUUCAAACUGAACCCCUCGUUGGAAAGCAGGCAACAAAAGAUGAAGUGUUAAGACGUAUCUCCUCGGUUGCUCUGGUGCACAUUGCUGCUCACGGUGAAAUGGAAACAGGAGAAAUUGCCUUGGCCCCAAACACAACACGUUUAUCCGUGAAUCCAGCCAGGGAGGACUAUCUCUUAACUAUGAAAGAUGUUUUAAAGGCGCAGAUUAGGGCAAGACUUGUUGUACUCAGUUGUUGUCAUAGUGCCCGCGGAGAAGUCAAAUCUGAGGGUGUGGUCGGUAUUGCACGGGCAUUUUUAGGUGCUGGUGCUCGCUCUGUUCUGGUAUCCUUGUGGGCGAUCGACGACGAAGCUACUAUGGAGUUCAUGAAAAUUUUCUACCAACAACUAGUCCAUGGACGAAGUGCCAGUAAGUCUCUGAAUAAAGCCAUGAAAUCCAUGAGAGAAAAUGACCGCUUUAACGCAGUGAAAUACUGGGCUCCGUUUGUUCUCAUUGGUGACGACGUAACGCUCGAGUUUGAGGGCAACCAAUAA